AGCCUUCCCCUCCCACACACACUGGCAGCCACACAAAAGUGGCGGUGGUCUCGGCCUUGGUGUGCGCGGGGUCCGCAGAGGCUGCCUGCGCAGCCCUCCCCUCCAAGAGGAGUGUUUGUGGCUCCGCCCACUCCGGGUCGGAACUACGGUGGGCCUGGGAGGGGGCGUCGUGCCGAGUGCGCCAUAUCCCUCCGCCCCCUUCCCGACACCCUCGAGGCGAGCGGUGCCUGCCGCAUCCUGCGCAGCCCCUGUCCGCUGUGGUGCAGAGGCGUGGGGGCGGGACGCCACUUUGCCGUUCGGCUCGCGCGCCAAGCAGUGGGAGCGUGACAGACCUGGAGCUGCGCUGGAUAGAGCACAGCCGGGAGCCGACAGGGGACGAGGGGAGUCCGGCGAACCGGGCCCUGUACCUGGCCAGGCAAGUGGGGGUGUGUCGCGGGGACGGAGCAGUCACGCACCAAGGAUCUCGGGCCUGCAGACCCAAGACCCCAGACCCCUACCACACAUCCCUUCAUCCCCACGGCAUGGAAACCCCCGCAGCCUUGCGCCAAGGUCUGGCAUAUUCUGACAGGCCACAGUGAGCAUCUGUAGACCAGAGGCUUGAGAAAAGAAGAGCAGGAAAAUGGCCUGGAUUUCUGGAGGCUUGCUUUAAGACUGGCAGAUUCUGUAAGAAAGAGAAGGACUAGGAGCUGGUCUCAAAUCUCUGGACCUUGGACCCCCUGUGGUUGGCUGCAGUUCUUAACCUUGCUUCAACACAGAAAAGAGGGGAAAUUGCACCACAUCUGUGAAGAUCCACUUUCAGCUGCAGCUGUGGUGCUGCUGGAGUUGCUGCUGACCACCACCCUCAACAGUUCUGCAGACACCUAGGACUGGCCUAUCUUCACCCAGCUUGAUUUCGCCUCUUCUGACUGCAUCUGUAUUAUUGACUGAGACUGUGCUUGGGUAGGAGCCUCACUGACUGUUUGAUUGGCAAUCCACUCUAAUUCUUCUUUCCAGGCUCACAGCCCAGUUUACUAAAGAUCAGUGUGAAGAUCAGUCCUGUGACAGAUCUGUAGUGAAGGCUUACUCUUGUUGAGGGGUGUAUAUUGGGGUUUUGUUUAACUUAUACUAUGACUGGGGCAGAGAUUGAGCCUGGUGUCCAGGCCAAGACUGGAAAUAAGCCUGGGGAUGAGAAUAGCAAUGCUGCUGAGCGAGAGAAUGCCAUCCCUUUGGUGGUCCGACCCAAGGUUAGGACACAGUUAAUGCCUGGAGCAAGGCCUAAGAUGAAGUCUAAGGGUACAUCUGGAGCAAGAUCCAAAAGUGAACCCAGUACAGUAGGUGGGGCACAUGCUAAUGGCAAAACCAAGGCAAGCUCUAGUUCACGAUCCAAGAGUGAUGCUCAGGCUUGGGGUCAGAAUAAGUUUCGGGGCGAGUCCAUGUCAAAGAUGGGGAAACAAUGUCAGACCAAAGCUGUAGACUCUCCACUUGUCAGUGCUGAUUCUGGAGCGGUUCCUAAUGCUAAGUGCCUGUAUGUAGAUAGAGAAUCUGUUCAUAUGGACACUGAGAGAUUUCCAAAGAAGGCUACUUCUCAAGGAAGAUUCCAGCCUUCGUUUGGGUCAGAGGAGGUAACCAGUAUAGGGCCCUGGUACUGUCCCAGGCCUAUACCCAAAGAAGAGGUCUAUGAGAAUUCUGAUUUCAAAUGGGGAGACAAACCCUCUGGAGGUUCCUGGUUCUGGAAUAGAGAUGAAAUCAAUACAAGAUUUCGUCCUAGAAAAAGCAUGAAGGUGAGUAGCAGGUCCAGGCACAUGGCCAAACAAGAGGCAAAUACCAUGUCUAGGCACAAAAACAAACAAGAGUUCUAUAUUAUAUCUAGUUCUGAUUCUGAGGAUGAAUCUGUUAAGACAUCUUGGUUCUGGACCAAAGAAAAAACCAAUAUCUGGUCUAGGUCCAGGGAAGAGCCAAAUAAUAGGUCCUGGUUUAGAUCUAAGAAAGACGUCUGUAUGGAAUCCAGUUCUGAAUCUGAAUGUGAAAGUCGUAUGAAAUCCUGUUUCUGGUCUGGGGAAGAGGCCAAACCCAGGUCCAAACCGAGAGUCAGGAAAGGGGCCAAUGUGAGGGCUAGGCACCAGGCCAAGCGAGAUGCUUACAGUGAUGUCAUGUCCGGGGCUAUAGAUAUAAACCAAAAAGAGGCCUAUUUCUGGCCUGAAGAAAAAACUGGUACGUUUUUAAGGUCUAAGCCAAAGAAAGACACCAGAGUCAGGGCAAUGGCAAAGGAAGAAGUCAAAAGUAAGCCUGGGGCCAGUACCAAACAAGAAUCCAGGACAGAGGAGGAAGUCCUCAUUGGGUCCUGGUUCUGGGAUACGGAGGAGUCCAGUCCACAUGUGGAGGAUGAGACCAUUGUUGGAAAUUGGUUCUGGACUGAAGAAGCAAGUGCAGUCACUGGGGCCAGUCAUAAACCCAGACUAAGGGUUAAGGAGAAGCAAAUUGAUAGUUUCUGUUUGAGGACUGAGAAAAAAAUCAGUAUGGAGGUUGGGGCUAAGGCUGCUUCUAAGUCUAUGCUAGUAGCUAAUGAUGAUGAGGUCAUUGUUGGUUCCUGGUUCUGGGCUGAUGAUGAAGACAGCAAGUUACAGGCUGAGGAAGAGACCAUUUUUGGACCUUGGUUCUGGGGCAUUGGUGACAGCAAUGUGAGAUCUGUGGGAGUGACCUGUGAGUCCAUUUCAAGGUCUGAGGAGAAAAGCAUUACAGAUUCCUGGUUCUGGACUGGAGAAGUUAAUACUGAGAUUGAAGAGCAGACCAGGCCAGCAUCUGCAAAAGGGACAAUCUUUGUGCCCUGGUUUUGGUCUGAAAAGCAGGCUCAUAUGGAUUCAGGAACUGAAGCUUGCUGUGACAUCAUGGCAGGGGCUGAGGAGGAGGAGCCUAUAAUUGGGCCCUGGUUCUGGUCUAAAGUGGAUACUGGGGUAGAGGCUGAAGUUAACAGUAAGUCUAGUUUGGAGGAUGAGGAAGAGCCAAUUAUAUCUCCUUGGUUUGGGGCCAGAGAACAAGUCAGUAUGAAGUGUGCCAUUGGUGCCAGGUGCAAGCUUAUGGCAGAAGUUGAGGAUACCAGUAAAAGAUCAUGCUUCUGGGCAGAGCAGCAGCCUUGUAUGUAUCCUCUCAGAAGAGAAAGGCUGAAGCCUACACUGGGACAGGAUGAGGACACUGUUGAUUCUUGCCUCUGGUCCAGUAAUUAUACAAGGCCAGAGGCUCUUGUAGGGUCCUGGUUAUGGGCUGCAGAAGAGGGUAAUAUAGAUGAUGAGACUGGAGAAGAGAUCAAGAUACCAACCUUAAAGGACAGCAUGUUCAAGUCCUGGUUCUGGAAAGAAAACGAAGAAGCCAUUAUAAAGACUAUUGACAGAAAAGAGUCCAAGCCAGAAGCUGAAGAGGAAGACAUUAUUGGUUCUUGGUUCUGGGCUGGAGAAGAGGACAAGCAUAAGACACCCGGUGAGCUUAAAGAAGAGAACAAGAAGAUAGCAGCCAAAGAGGAAGCUUCUGUUGCAUCUUGGUUCUGGGGCAAGGAAGAGGCUGUUAGAGAGACUGGAGUUUGCAGCAAAUACAGUUUAAAAGCUGAUGAGGAAGCCAUUGUAGGGUCCUGGUUCUGGGAAGAAGAGACCAGUCUAGGGGCAAUGGGAAGGGACACUUUUGAGUCCAAUCAUGGAAUUAAGGAGGAGGAAGUCAUUGGCUCAUGGUUCUGGACUGAAGAAGCUAAUCUAGAGUCUGGGUCUCAGGCAGAUGAAAACAGGUCAGAGACUGAAGAUGAUGCAAUUUUUGAGGCCAUACUCUGGGCUGCAAAAAAUGACAAUAUAGAAGCAAGAGCACACUGUGUGUCCAAGCCAGAGGAUGAUGAUGAAAUGAUUGUUGAGUCCUGGUUCUGGUCUAGUGACAAAACCAUUGAAGAAUCUAAAACUGUGACUACCUGUGAGUCCAAGCCAGAAAAUGAGGAAGGGCUGGUGGUUGAGUUUGAGUCAGGAGUUAAAGAUGAGAUGAAUAGUACUGGCAGUGGAGAAAAUUGUGACUUGAGUACAGAAGCUGAAACCAUAGUGGGGUCCUGGUUCUGGGCAGGAGAUGAAGCUCAUUUUGAAUCAGAUCCUAUCCCUGUAUACAGGGCCAUUUGUGAGUCUACAUCUUCAACUGAGCAGGAACCCGAUCCUUCACGCAGACCUCAGAGCUGGGAUGAGGUCACUGUUCAGUUUAAGGCUGGUCCCUGGGGUAAGGCUGGCUUCCCAUUCAUAAACCCCUUUAGAUUUCCAAAAGAAACAGCAUCUCUGUUUGCUGAAAUGUUUGGGGGAAAGCUUAAACACAUGGGACUUGGUCCAGAUGGAGAAGGGCAACUACCUUUACGUCAUUCUGAAGAUGAGUUUCCAUUUCAGUAUGAUCCCUCUUACCGGUCAGUACAGGAAAUUCGAGAGCAUCUUAAGGCCAGAGAAAGUGCACAGUCUGAAAGCUGGUCCUGUAAGUGCAUACAGUGUGAUCUUAGAAUUGGUCCUGAGGAGUUUGAGGAGCUUCUUUUAUUAAUGGACAGAAAUCGAGACCCUUUUAUUCAUGAAAUAUCUAAAAUUGCAAUGGGUAUGAGAAGUGCUUCUCAAUUUACCCGAGAUUUCAUUAGAAAUUCAGGUGUUGUCUCACUUAUUGAAGCCUUACUUAAUUAUCCAUCCUCCCGAGUUAGGACACAGUUUUUGGAUAAUAUGGUUCGCAUGGCUCCACCUUAUCCAGAUCUAAACAUGAUUCAGACAUAUGUGUGUCAGGUGUGUGAGGAUACCCUUGAUUAUAACUUGAAUUCCUCUGAGCAGCUGGCAGGAUUAAUGAUGGUUAGACACCUCACUACUACUACUUCCUAUCAUGAACUGGUUGCUACUUACAUAACUGGGUUCCUAUACCUGCUGGCUACAGGCAAUGGCAAAACAAAGUUUCAUGUUCUGAAAAUGCUACUGAAUUUGUCUGAAAAUCUUGUCAUGACAAAAGUGCUACUUCGUGCUGAAGCAGUGUCUGAGUUUAUGGGCCUGCUUAACAAGAAAGAGAGAGAGGACAAUGUUCAGAUUGUUUUUGAGAUAUUUGAGAAUAUUGGUAACCAUCUCAAAAAAGAAGAAAUGUUCACUGAUGAUGAUGAUGAUGAUGAUGAUGAUGAUGAUUGCAAUUAUGAAGCACUUGUUUCUACAUUCCGUGAAUUUGAGAAAUUUGCUAAGAAAAUGCAGAACAAAACUGACAAUCAAAAUCACCCUGAAGCAGAGUAAGAAAAUUAAUAUGAUUAACUGUUUACCUCUGAAUGUCUCUGUGUUCUGAGUCAUAUGAUCCUCAAGUAAUGCUUUUGGUUUCACAGUUUGUGUUGUGUUUCAGUUUCAGUGUAUAUCUUUAAUGCUGAUACUAAUUUUAACCAACUCUGUGUAGACUGGAUCAUAUCUCUGAUGCCAAAUGAAUAUUACAACUGAAACACCUUGUCGAUACUUGUCUUGUUGGUUGUGAUAUUAGUAUGUAAGUUUACAGUGAACUGAGCCAUUGUAAAUAAGAUACCCUUCUAAGUGUUCUAAUGUGUAUCUAUUUGAGUCUUGUGUUUCAAUAAAGUUAUGUGUUGAAGGUAGCAGAAGUCGCCCAUUACCUCCUUUUUGAAAAUACAGAUGCAAAGAUGACAC